GCACGUCUCCUUCCGCUCCGCGUGAGCGGCGCUUAGCGCGGGCUGGGACUCCACGCUGGUGUUGGCGUGGUGCGGAACCUCUGCAGAUCCCGCUUGCCUUGGGGACCAUGGCCACCGACUCCUGGGCAUUGGCGGUGGACGAACAGGAAGCCGCUGUCAAGUCGAUGAGCAGUUUGCAGAUCAAAGAAGAAAAGGUCAAAGCAGACACCAAUGGUGUCAUCAAAACCAGUACUUCUUCGGAGAAGACUGAGGAAGAAGAGAAAGAGGAUAGAGCUGCUCAGUCUUUACUCAACAAGCUCAUCAGAAGCAAUCUUGUGGAUAACACCAACCAAGUAGAAGUCUUGCAAAGGGACCCAAACUCUCCUCUUUACUCAGUGAAGUCUUUUGAAGAGCUUCGCCUGAAACCCCAGCUUCUCCAAGGAGUCUAUGCCAUGGGCUUCAAUCGACCAUCCAAGAUCCAGGAGAAUGCGUUGCCCAUGAUGCUUGCUGAACCCCCACAGAACCUGAUUGCCCAGUCACAGUCUGGUACUGGGAAAACAGCCGCCUUUGUUUUAGCUAUGCUCAGCAGAGUGGAACCAGCAGACAGAUACCCUCAGUGUUUGUGCCUGUCCCCAACAUAUGAACUGGCACUUCAAACAGGAAAGGUGAUUGAGCAGAUGGGCAAAUUCCAUCCAGACCUGAAGCUCGCUUAUGCUGUUCGAGGCAAUAAAUUGGACAGAGGUCAGAAGGUCAGUGAGCAGAUUGUCAUUGGCACCCCCGGGACCGUCCUGGACUGGUGCUCCAAGCUGAAGUUCAUUGACCCCAAGAAGAUCAAGGUGUUUGUUCUGGACGAGGCUGACGUGAUGAUAGCAACUCAGGGCCACCAAGACCAGAGCAUCCGCAUCCAGAGGAUGCUGCCCAGAAACUGCCAGAUGCUGCUCUUCUCUGCCACCUUUGAAGACUCAGUGUGGAAGUUUGCCCAGAAGGUGGUCCCAGACCCCAACAUCAUCAAACUUAAGCGUGAAGAGGAGACUUUGGACACCAUCAAACAGUAUUAUGUCCUUUGCAAUAACAGAGAGGAGAAGUUCCAGGCCCUGUGCAACCUGUAUGGGGCCAUCACCAUCGCCCAAGCCAUGAUCUUCUGCCAUACCCGCAAAACAGCUAGCUGGCUGGCAGCAGAGCUCUCCAAAGAGGGCCACCAGGUGGCUCUGCUGAGUGGAGAAAUGAUGGUGGAACAGAGGGCAGCUGUUAUUGAGCGCUUCCGGGAAGGCAAAGAGAAGGUCCUGGUGACCACCAACGUGUGUGCCCGUGGUAUUGAUGUUGAACAAGUGUCUGUCGUCAUCAAUUUUGACCUUCCUGUGGACAAGGACGGGAACCCAGACAAUGAGACCUACCUGCAUCGCAUCGGGCGCACUGGCCGCUUUGGCAAGAGGGGUCUGGCAGUAAACAUGGUUGACAGCAAGCACAGCAUGAAUAUCCUCAACAGAAUCCAGGAGCAUUUUAAUAAGAAGAUAGAAAGAUUGGACACAGAUGAUUUGGAUGAGAUCGAGAAAAUAGCCAACUGAGAAGCUUCACCAGCGACUGGCGCCACCCUCAGCACUGUCCCUGCCUGGGAGCCUAGUGCUUUCAUGGCAAAGGCCUUGACAGGCACCUCAAAGACCAAGGCCUGAGUAGAGACUACCUACCUCAUUCAGAAUCAUGUUUGGACUUGACAAAUUUGUGCAAAGAGUAAGGGGAAAUCCAAGGAACAGUUUUGCAUUUUAGAAAAAGUCCUAGCCUGGUGUGGUGGUGCACACCUUUAAUCCCAGCACCUGAGAGGCAGAGGCAGGAGGAUCUCAAUUCCAGGCCAGCCAGAUCUAGAGUUCCAUGGUAGCCAGAGCUGCAGAGUGUGACCUUGUCUCAAAAAAAGUCUUCAGCUCUAUCUCCCUUUAAAGCCACAGUUUUCUUUUAUGGCAAUAUAGUUGCUGCUGGUGAUGUUUGGGCCCAGAACUUGCUGCCCACUCUCUGGCUCCUUGUGUAUGGACCAACCCUCCAGCCUUGAAUAAAUGACAGAGGCAAAAAAGGUUCAAAGAAGCUGGAAGAGCCCUGGCUGUAGCUCAGAUACCUUUUAUAGAAUCAGUAGAGCCCUGAGUGCCCCACCCACCCAUCCCUCUUGGUAAGCAUCUUGGCUGCUGCUUCAUCCUUCAGAUUGGCAGACAAGAUGGAAGUCAGCAAAAUCACAGACUCAGGAAGAUUGGCGUAUCCGCCCUUAGAAGAUGGGGCCUGUCUUUCCUCCUGUUCACUCCAUCUGUUCUGUAUCUGGCUCAAUUGUUUGGUUCUAAUCCAUGGGAUUUCAUGCCAAGCAGCAAUUUAGAAAGGAAGUUAUGACCAAACAAAAACUUCAUUAUGCUGUUACUCCAUACAUUAUAUGAAUGAGAUGAGAUAAAUCAGUGAUAACACAUCAUUUUCAGAAAUUUUAAAGUAAUUAUGAGAAACAUUUUACUAAUCAUGGUUUGUUAUUUGUAUUUUUCUGCUUCCUAGACUAAUAUAUGCUCAUUGAAAAGUGUGUAUAAUAGUGCUUUGUGUUUACUCAAGAUGCACCAUAGUCUCCCUGCUUGCUCAACAUGUCCCAGUGCUUUUUUUCAUUUUGCAGAAGUGUGAGCACUUCACACUAUUUUAUAGGCAUUUUUUUGGAGGUUGCACCACAUAAACAUACAUCUGUUUUACUCUGGAAGGUAGCUGACACCCUAAUUUGUGGUCACCCUGGCAUGUAUUUCACCAUCCUCCAGUGAUAGUUUCAAUAGUGCCAGAGUAAUUAGCUCAGGACCUAUCUUGGAUCAUGGUGAGAACUGCUCCUACAUUCCUGGAGAUAGGAUUCUUGGGAAAGUGGGAACGUUUAAAGUCAUAAUUCACAAUUUAAGCCUGCCCCAAAAGCUCUUACCAAUUUGUUACUACAGCAAUAUAAAAAACAUUUCACUUA